AUGCCACUUAUUGUAUUCACUGGUCAUCCGUCCUCGGGGAAAACGACAGUAGCCAAGAAGCUUCAAGCUGCACUCCAAUCGAAGAUCGACUCGUUGAAAGGAACAACCGAACUCGGCCACAAUUACUCUGUUAUCUAUCAUUCAGACAAAACAUUAGGAAUACCUCAUGAGACCUACUUUGAUUCUGGAUUGGAAAAACAUGCUAGGGGUUCCCAGAUGGCUGCUGUUAAGCGUGAUAUCUCGCGUACUAACUUUGUAAUCUUAGAUUCCUUGACCUACAUCAAGGGAUUUAGAUACCAACUCUUUUGUGAAGCCAAAGGUGUGUUAACUCCCAACUGUGUAGUUUAUGUAAUGAACCCAGUCGACAAAUGUUUGGAAUGGGAUGCAGCAAAGACACCUGAAUCUGCACAAUGGGGCUCCAAGAUCAUUGAGCAGUUGGCUAUGAGGUACGAAGAACCAAAUGAACUGAAUCGUUGGGACUCUCCUCUCUUUAGUGUUGUAGCAGACCAUGCUGAAGAUCUGUUAUCCAUAGAUGCCAUAUGGGAAGCUUUGGUUCUCAAAAAAGCUCCACCUCCUAAUGCAGCUACAAUAGUAAAGACUACGUCUGGUAACAACUUCCUUCAAGAACUUGAUAACCAGACCCAACAAGUGAUACAAAAGAUAUUACAGCACCAACAGCUUGCUCCCAUUGGAGGGCAGGUUCUUGUUUCAGACUCUAAAUCUAAGAAUAGUAGCAAUGUGCUAUACGUUGAAAUGCCUCUGUCGUCUGUUUCUAUUGCUCAAUUGCAAAGAAUCAGAAGAACAUAUGUCACAUUGAACAGAAUGAGAAGCGUUGAUGUAGAAAGAAUUACUCCGCUAUUCGUCGACUAUCUCAACCGUAGUUUGAACAACGAAUAG